AAUAAACCGGAACAAUGUAUUGGUGUAUCUAUGGCUGGUAUGAUCAAAAUUUGGUCGCUUGUGGAGUUAGAAAAGAAGGACCUUGCUACCCCUUUAUAUGAGGAUGAAUCAAAGCGAUUGGAACUUAGGGAUGUGAAGGCAGUUUCAUUCAACCCAAUAAAUGAUAAGAUUCUUCUUGUGCUGCUUGAUCUUGAUGACUUGUCCGCUUUCAUCAUCCAUGAAUGCCCUACGAGAGCUGUGAAUGGCAAAAUAUUGAACAUCGAUAAGGUAGCCAUAGCCUUUACAGAUCAAACCUAUGCGCAGCCCAAAUACUUCACUUCUAGCAAACUAGAAGGUCCCCAGGUUCGUCAGGAAUUUGGCGUCAACCCCAAAAAUUUUCUGGGCAUGGCGAAUCCAUUUGAAUUUGCAAUGCUGGAUACAUCUCAUGCAAAUCCGCGUUCGGUAGGUGACGAUUUACAUUGGACAAUGCAAUACAAUCUCUAG